AUGCUUGUAGGUAAUGGGCCUCAGCUUCUUCAACGACCGUACGAUCCGAAUAGAAAUGUCUCAAACAUUGCGCAGUCUACCGUGCCCUCCCGACCAUUUGCCCCUCCCGGACAUCAGCCGUAUCGUGGUCGAGGCAUGAGGAGUCCGUACGCCAAUACAUUGAACGCAAGCUUCCAACCGCGCCAGGUCUUAGAUCCCACUCUCCAGGUCAAAUACCUAGACAAUCUAGCUUCCCAGGAGAUACCGAAAGCAGAGAUGACGAAACAAGAGUUCGAAGAGAAGGAAGCAUUCAGGCAGCAACUGGAAGCGGUCUGUCACAAGGACUUCGCCGACAAGUACACUGGUGAUAUUGCUUCCAUCAAACUAGUCCCGUUUGGCAGUUUAGCAUCUGGAUUUGCCACUCCGGGGUCAGAUAUGGAUCUUGCUAUAGUUCCAGAGUGGAAAGACCGUUCGAAAUCGCUCGAAGCGGGCAUCGACCGGAACAUUCCGCGCUUGUUGGAACGCGCCAUUCUCGACGCGAAGAUGGGAGGGCGUCUGCUGACUAGGACACGCGUGCCUAUCAUAAAAGUAUGCCAGAAACCUACCGACGAGUUAUACAAUGCUCUCUUUGAAGAACGUCAUAAAUGGGACCAACUGCCGGAGGAAGAACAGUAUCCGCCAUCUGCUGCUUCUGGUGCCGCCUCCCAGAAUCCGACCCAGCCUCAUGGACAGGUGAAGUCUCCACAAGUCAACGACUCGCAAGAUUUCCCCACGCUCGCGGAGGCAAAGGCUGUCAAAGGCGCCGCGCGGACACCGACGAGCGUGAAAGUCGUUGAUCACGCUGAUAAUAGCAAGGCGGAAGUAGUGAAGUCACCAGCAACCGACAUCCCCAAAGAAAACAAUGGUCCUAAAGAAACUGGAGACACCGCUGAAGCCUCGAAAGACCGUCAUCCCCGCGCCCCCAGAAAGUGGCUGCGAGAGAAGAAACUUGGUCCACUCGACUUCCCAAAGCAGGGGGUUGGAAUCCAAUGCGACAUAAACUUCGAGAACCCGCUUGCAAUCCAUAACACAGAGCUACUACGUUGUUACUCACUUGCAGACCCACGCGUACGCCCCAUGGUCCUCUUCGUUAAAGCAUGGGCCAAGCGCCGCAAGAUUAACAGCGCCUACUCUGGCACCCUGUCCUCGUACGGAUGGGUACUCAUGGUCCUCCACUACCUCGUAAACAUGGCUUCCCCACCCGUCUGCCCAAACCUCCAAAUAAGCUGGCGCCCAACUACAGCCAAAGCCGAAGACAUACUAAACCUCCUCCACGAGACCACCGUCGGCGGCUACGCCGUGCGUUUCUGGCGUGACGAAACUACCAUCGCGCACCUCGCCAACACCGGCCAACUCACCCGCAACACGCAGUCCAUCGGCGAGCUCCUGCGUGGGUUCUUCCAGUACUACGCUUCCAUCCCGCAGCCCAACGCCUACGGCCAGAAGCAGUGGUGCUUUUUCUGGGCGACUGAAGUUCUCAGUCUCAGGACACCCGGUGGUAUACGCCAGAAGACUGAGAAGGGCUGGACGAAGGCGACGACCACGAUUUCGAAUGGGAAGGAGGUGAGGCAGCGUUAUUUGUUCUCCAUCGAGGAUCCGUUUGAGUUAGAUCACAAUGUCGCGCGCACGGUUACACAUGAUGGUAUUGUGGCUAUACGGGACGAGCUGAGGCGUGCGGGUCGGAUAUUGAAUGCUGUGGGGAGGGGACAAACACCCGAGGAUGGCUUGUUCGAUGAAGUGGUCGAGCAGGUGCCUCCAGUGACGCCGAACAAGACCGACGCCGAGCCUGAGACAGCGGCGCCUGUGGCAGGGGGAGCUGGUGCUGGUGAACCUGGCCUUGGGGUUGAGCCUAGUGCUGCGGUCGCUGCCGCAGACGUUCCUGCACCUGGAGCUGGAGCUGGAGCUGAUAAGCCGAACUAA